UAUUGAUUGACGCCUCUCCUCUCCACGUCCGACGUCCUUGCUUCCUCCCUCCUCCCUCCUUUCCCGCCGCCACACUCGUUAGGAGUGUCCCGUCGUCCUCACAUCCCUCCCAAAAUGAUUGUCCGGUCGUCUGCCGCGAGAAACGUGGCCCGCGCGGCCUCCAACACAGCUUCACGGUCAGCCAACUCCUCCAUCGCCGCUACCAGCUCCUCCACCCUCCAAUCCCGCCGAUCCUACGCCACCGUCCAAGAAGGACAACCCCAGCAGAGACGCUAUGGCGGUCUGAAGGACCAGGACCGGAUAUUUCAAAACCUCUACGGCCACCAUGGCACGGACCUGAAGAGCGCCAUGAAAUACGGCGACUGGUACAAAACCAAGGAGAUCCUACUGAAGGGCCAUGACUGGUUGAUCAAUGAGAUUAAAGCUUCGGGCUUGAGAGGAAGAGGCGGUGCGGGAUUUCCGAGUGGGUUGAAAUUUUCGUUCAUGAACUUUAAGGGCUGGGAAAACGAUAAGAAACCACGCUACCUGGUCGUCAACGCCGAUGAAGGCGAGCCGGGGACUUGCAAAGAUCGAGAAAUCAUGCGCAAAGAUCCGCACAAACUCGUCGAGGGGUGCUUGGUGGUUGGUCGCGCCAUGAACGCCACCGCAGCGUACAUCUACAUCCGCGGCGAAUUUUACCACGAAGCCACUGUUCUCCAGCGCGCCAUCCAAGAGGCAUAUAAAGAAGGCUUGCUUGGCAAGAAUGCCUGCGGCUCAGGCUACGACUUUGAUGUCUACCUACACCGAGGCAUGGGCGCAUACGUGUGUGGAGAGGAGACUUCACUCAUCGAAUCACUCGAGGGGAAGGCUGGAAAGCCUCGCCUCAAGCCACCCUUCCCUGCGGCCGUCGGUCUUUUUGGAUGUCCCUCCACCGUCACAAACGUCGAAACAGUGGCAGUUUGCCCCACCAUCGUUCGACGGGGUGCGAAAUGGUUCGCCAGCUUCGGUCGCGAGCGCAACCAGGGCACCAAGCUGUUUUGUAUAUCUGGACACGUCAACAACCCGUGCACUGUCGAGGAAGAGAUGUCUAUUCCUCUCCGAGAAUUGAUUGAGAAGCACUGUGGCGGUGUCCGGGGCGGCUGGGACAACUUGCAAGCCAUUAUCCCGGGUGGUUCGUCGACACCAAUUCUACCCAAACAUGUCUGCGACGAUCAGUUGAUGGACUUUGACGCCUUGAAGGACAGCCAAUCCGGUCUAGGCACCGCGGCGGUGAUUGUGAUGGAUAAAUCUGCUGAUGUGGUUAGGAUGAUUGCCAGACUGAGCGCCUUCUACAAGCAUGAAAGUUGCGGGCAGUGCACGCCCUGUCGAGAGGGGAGUGCGUGGACAGCGAAGAUUAUGGAGAGAUUUGAGAAGGGCCAGGCAAGAGCGCGCGAGAUUGAUAUGAUGCAGGAGAUCACGAAGCAAGUUGAGGGGCAUAGUAUUUGCGCCUUGGGUGAAGCUUUCGCAUGGCCUGUCCAAGGUCUCAUUCGCCAUUUUCGACCCCAGCUUGAGGCACGCAUUCAGGAAUACUCAAAGGCUGCCGGUGGCGAAGCCCUGGCGGGUGGAUGGGAGCCUGACGCUGCGAAGAAAGGGUUGCUCAUCGCGCCUGGACAAUAAAUCAUAAAGGGAUCUGUGGAGGAGGGUGGUUGCCCGAUGAAGUCUCAGGAGGAAGUUUGCAAGGUCGAGUUUCCGAUCCGAAUAUCAUGGGGUUGAUAUUACUCUCUGAGCAGCACAAGGCUGCGUCUCUGAAGCGUACGGGCGUUUCCUUCCAUUGCGACUGAGAGAGACGACGUGGAAUAAAAUUGUACAUAUAUUUCAUUCCAAACACUACCGUUUCGUCUUUCCUGGUGAUUGAUAUUGAUGACGAACCAUCCCCGGGUGUUUCGCCCUCCUCUGAUUCAUCCACAUGUGCAAUCUCCGUUCAAAACAUCAGGAGGAGUCGAUACCAUCCACCACUUCCCUCACAUGCCUCGUCCC